GCCGAUCUGUAGAGAUAGUGAUCGUAUGCCUUUAUAGCUUCCGUCUGGCUUAGUCUAUGCUCCGAUCUCUCAGGACUCAGAUCACAGCUUAAUUUUCUCGAGCUUUAAAAGCAAGUUGACAAAACGCAAAAAAGGAUAUCGGCCGGAGUGUACGGUUUCUCUGUCGCCGGUAUGAUGAUGGUGACUUGGCUAGCCGGUAAACCCUGCAAAUCGCUUUCUGAGCUCCAUAAGUCAAUAGUCGUGACAAAGAAGCACCUUGAGUCCCUUGAACAAUGGGAGAAAGAUUGCCUUGAGAAGGCUGCCAUAAAUCUUGAGAAAGCAAGAGAACAUUGCCGGAAAUAUGACAGAGAUGAUGCUUUAUACUGUUUGAAAUUGAAGAGGCUACACGAGCGAACAGCUCAAACAUCUAGGAAUUUACAGCUUCCUGUCCGUAUACAAUUGGUUUCGAUGGAACGUGUGAAAGAUAAAUUGACUGAAGCGAUGCGAGAUAAAGAUCACACAACCAAGAAGACUAUCCAAGUCUUUAUUUAUUUUUCUUUGCUCCUCUUAAUAUUAGCCUACUUUGUAUAAUCUUAAUACACUCGUGGUCUCCAAUAACAGAUAAUUAGGAAACGGAAAUUAUAAAUUGAA